UUCACAUAAACAAAUAAUACCUACAAAAACAACACCCCCUCUAAAAAUAAUUCCAUUUUUUUUUCCUCUCUACACUCUGCACUGCAGAAACAUCAUGGCCUAGCUGUUUCUUGGAUCCGGAGAUUCUGGGAGGCAUUUUUUAAUUUUAAUUUGUAUAAUAGCCCACAAAACAUGAUUCGGUUCGUCUCCGUUGUUCCUCCCUAGGCUCCUCAAACCUUUCUCCCUUUGUUCCUUCAUUGGAGUUUGUAGCAGCAUUAGCAAGUAAUGCCUGUAAAUCCAUGGACCCUCUUCUUCUUCUCCUUCUUAUGCAUUUCCCUUUUCCUUCCAUACCAAUACUCCUUCGCCGUCAACCCACAAGGGGAAGCUCUUCUUUCUUGGAAGAGAACCUUAAACGGUUCCUUAGAGGUUCUCAGCAGUUGGGACCGAAUUGAACACACUCCAUGCACCUGGUUCGGUGUAAGCUGCAACAUCAACAACCAAGUAGUUCAAUUGGAUCUCAGGUAUGUGGAUUUGUUUGGAAAACUCCCUACGAAUUUCACUGCAUUGACUUCAUUGAACAAACUCAUCUUAACCGGAACCAACCUCACGGGCUCUAUUCCCAAGGAUAUUGCCAACCUUCUAGAACUCACCUACUUGGACCUCAGUGACAAUGCAUUAAGCGGUGAAAUCCCAACAGAACUCUGUUACUUGCCGAAACUCCAAGAGCUUCAUCUGAACUCCAAUGACCUUGUUGGCUCCAUUCCGGUGGCGAUUGGGAACCUCACCAAUCUCCAGAAGCUAACCAUUUAUGAUAACCAACUCAACGGUGAGAUUCCGGCCACCAUCGGGAACUUGAAGAGCUUGCAAGUUAUCAGAGCCGGUGGGAACAAGAAUCUACAAGGUGCUUUACCCGAAGAAAUUGGAAACUGUUCCAACUUAGUGAAGCUGGGUUUGGCUGAAACUAGCAUCUCUGGUUCUCUUCCUAAAACAUUGGGACUACUCAAGAGCCUUGAAACCAUUGCCAUCUACACUACGCUUCUCUCAGGCGAAAUUCCACAAGAACUCGGCGACUGUACUCUCCUCAAGAAUGUCUAUCUCUAUGAAAACUCGCUCACCGGAUCCAUUCCUAAGGAACUGGGGAAACUCAGCAGCCUUGAGAUUCUUCUGCUAUGGCAGAACAAUCUGGUCGGCACCAUUCCCCCGGAGAUUGGUAACUGCCUCCAGUUAGCGGUUAUCGACGUGUCAAUGAACUCGAUUACUGGAAGCAUACCGGAGAGUUUUGGCAGAUUAACGAAGCUAGAGGAGCUUCAGCUGAGCGUAAACCAGAUUUCAGGGGAGAUUCCUGCAGAGCUUGGUAACUGCCAGCAACUAACUCACGUGGAGAUAGAUAACAACCUCAUAACGGGAACGAUACCUUCAGAGUUGGGGAACCUCAAGAACUUGACGCUUCUCUUCCUUUGGCAUAACAAACUCGAAGGGAACAUACCAUCCUCGCUCUCUAACUGCCACAACCUUGAGGCCGUUGAUCUCUCGCAGAACAUGCUGACGGGUCAGAUACCUAAGGGGAUAUUCCAGCUCAGCAAUCUGAACAAACUUCUGUUACUCUCUAACAACCUAUCCGGAAUCAUUCCUUCAGAGAUUGGUAACUGCUCCUCCCUCAUACGCUUCAGAGCCAGUAACAACAAGAUCACAGGUACCAUUCCGCCUCAGAUCGGCAACUUGAAGAAUCUCAACUUCUUGGACCUUGCCAAUAACCGUAUUUCGGGUGUUAUUCCGGACGAAAUCUCCGGCGGCCGCAAUCUCACUUUCUUGGACUUGCAUUCUAAUUUGAUCGCCGGAAGCUUGCCGGAGAGUCUGAGCGAGCUUGUUUCGCUUCAGUUUCUAGAUGUUUCUGAUAACGUCAUCGGAGGGACGUUGAGUCCUGCGCUUGGUUCACUCGGUGCGUUGACGAAGCUGGUUUUAGGGAGGAAUCGGAUCUCCGGUUCGAUUCCGAAUCAACUUGGUUCUUGCUCAAAGCUUCAGUUGCUCGACCUUGGCAGCAACCAACUCUCCGGAAAAAUCCCUGGAAGUCUUGGAAAUAUUCCAUCUCUGGAAAUAGCCAUGAAUCUAAGCCUCAACCAACUCUCCGGCGAGAUUCCAAGGGAGUUCUCGAACUUGGAGAAGCUUGGUGUCUUGGACAUUUCUCACAAUGCCAUCACUGGAAAUCUCCAAUAUCUCGCUGGUUUGCAAAAUCUCGUGGUGCUUAACGUCUCGCACAACAGAUUCUCAGGUCACGUCCCAGACACUCCAUUCUUCACGAAACUUCCGCUUAGCGUGCUCGAAGGGAACCCCGUGCUGUGCUUCGCCGGUAACCAGUGCUCCGGUAACGGCAACGAUGCCGGGAAGUCGUCGCGUCGGGCAAGGGAGGCACGCGUGGCAAUGGUGGUCCUAUUAUGCACGGCAUGCGCUCUGCUCAUGGCGGCGCUAUACGUCGUAGUGUCUGCCAAACGAAGAGGGGACCGCGAAAACGACGCCGAAAUGGACGGAAAGGAUAGCGACGGCACGGACAUGGCCCCACCCUGGGAAGUAACACUUUACCAGAAGCUCGACCUGUCGAUUUCUGACGUGGCAAAAUGCCUGUCCACCAGCAACGUCAUCGGGCACGGUCGAUCCGGUGUCGUUUACAAGGUGAACAUGCCUGGAACGGGGCUGACCAUCGCCGUGAAGAAGUUCAAGACGUCGGAUAAAUUAUCGGCGUCGGCGUUCUCGUCGGAGAUUGCGACUCUGGCAAGGAUACGCCACCGUAACAUUGUGCGAUUACUUGGUUGGGGCGCAAACCGUAAAACAAAGUUACUGUUUUACGAUUAUUUACCUAACGGUAACCUGGACACGCUGUUGCAUGAGGGAUGCACAGGAUUAAUAGAGUGGGAGACGCGGCUCAAGAUAGCACUGGGCGUCGCUGAGGGCGUAGCUUACUUGCACCACGAUUGCGUCCCUGCUAUCUUGCACCGCGACGUUAAAGCCCUCAACAUCCUGUUAGGUGACAGGUACGAACCGUGUUUGGCUGAUUUCGGAUUCGCACGCUUCUUGGAAGAAGAUCACCCUUCGUUUUCCGUUAAUCCACAGUUCGCAGGUUCUUACGGGUACAUUGCUCCUGAGUAUGGUUGCAUGCUAAAGAUAACAGAGAAGAGCGAUGUUUACAGCUUUGGGGUGGUCCUGCUAGAGAUUCUAACAGGGAAAAGGCCAGUAGAUCCAUCAUUCCGAGAAGGGGAACACGUAAUCCAGUGGGUGAGGGAGCACCUUAAGAGCAAGAAAGACCCAAUAGAGGUUCUUGAUCCCAAGCUACAAGGGCACUCAGACACACAGAUUCAGGAGAUGCUGCAGGCGCUUGGGAUAUCUCUACUGUGCACCAGCAACCGGGGGGAGGAUCGACCGACAAUGAAGGACGUGGCAGCAUUAUUGAGAGAAAUCAGACACGAAGAGGGCCCACCGGCAGGGUGUGAUGAGGCCCACAAGCCCAUCAAAAGAAACACGGAGGCCUCGUCGUAUUCUUCGUCGUCCUUGUCCUCCACUGUGACCCCGGCUCAGUUAUUGCUCCUUCAAUCAGGCUCUCAUUCCUCGUCCUCCCUUGCAUAUUCCUCUUCCUCCGUAGCCGCAGGGUACCACUACCCACCAAGGAAUCAUCAAUCAUGAAUUUUGGACAUUCAGAAACCCUUCUGUCUCUUCAUUAUUGAGCCACAAAUUCUUCGAUGUGUCUUUUUUUAUCGUUUACUUCUGUAUGGCAUUUGAGGAUGAUUUAGAUAAUAUUUUGAUUUAUGAUUAGUUUAUUUAUAGUGGUAGUAGUACCAGAAAUGAAUUAACUGUAAAGGUACCAAUUAUGGGUACUCCCGUGUCUGCUUGGUGACAUCAUAAAGCUAAGCAUAAUGAGAUGAGUGUACAGCAGCUUAAUGAAUUGACUUGAUUCCAUUUC